AAGAUAAGAUGCGAACAAACACAAAGGUCGAGGUUCUCAUUCAUUCAGUGUUCUACACAGAGCCGCGAGGAGGAGGUGCAGAAGCUUGGAGGCAGGCUGCAGCAAGAAGCGUAGUAAAAACAACGAUCCGCCAGAGAUUCGAUUGUCUCGGCUUUAAACUCUAUACGACCUAACGGCUGAAGCCCAAACUUGGAUGUAUUUAUGUCUGACUUAUAUGUCAAAGCGUGUCGUUUUUGUAAGUAAGGGCAAACGGUUAUUAUUAUUUUUUUGCUAGCCGCUAAACUCCUGCGAUCUCAGAUUUUGAGCUGGACUUGCAAAAAAGAGUGAGUGCCUGUUGUCGCACUGGGGAGAAAUAACGUGGAUUUAACCCAGCUGAGCGUUUUGCUCUGAAAGUUUUUUUUGUAAAUGAUAUAUUGGAAAAAAGUGGAAAUUGGUUCCUCCUGUUGGAUGUACAGUCAUCAUUUUGUUUUGAAAACGCUUUGAUUUUUUAAUGCGUGAAGGCACUUUUCUGGGCUGGAUAUUACUCGGUACAUCGGCCAAUGGAUUUUCGCGUCAUGGAAGGUUGCAAAUAGGAUCUCCGAUGCAUGCCAAUUCCACAGUGAAUGUCGGUAGUUGUGAUCACCUCAGAUGGAGCCCCAAAGUCAGCAUGGCAGCGGCGGUUCUUUAGUUGUGAUCCAGCAGCCUGCCUUAGACAGCAGGCAGAGAUUUGAUUAUGAAAGGGACCUUCAACACACAGCCAUUCUUUCCUUGGAGCAAAUUAAAGCUAUCCGCUCAAACAAUGAAUAUACAGAGGGACCUUCUGUGGUGCGAAAGUCCACUCCAAGGACAGUACAGAGGGCAGAGAAGCACGAGAGAACUCAUGAAAUAAUACUGAUUAAUGUGAAUAACAACUAUGAACAUCGUGCUUCUACCCAAGCUGGACAUAUGGGCCCUACAUAUGGCAUUCGAGCACCUACCCUGAGCCGAUCCACAAGCACAGGCAGCGCAGCAAGCUCAGGCAGUAACAGUAGUGCUUCUUCAGAGCAAGGACUCCUGGGACGCUCCCCACCAACAAGGCCCAGCUCUGGAUACAGACCAGAUAAGGCCGUGCGGACACAGCCAACGUCUUCAGCUUUGAAAGAGGACAUGCUUAAAAUUCCUGGGAAAGAGGAUAUCACAAAGCACCAGUUUAUCUGUGAACAGUGUGGAAAGUGCAAAUGUGGGGAGUGCACUGCGCCCAGGACCCUGCCUGCUUGCUUGACUUGUAACCGGCAGUGCUUAUGUUCAGCUGAAAGCAUGGUGGAAUAUGGCACCUGCAUGUGUUUAGUAAAAGGGAUUUUUUACCACUGCUCAAAUGAUGAUGAAGGGGACUCGUGUGCAGACAAUCCUUGCUCUCUCUCCCAGUCUCACUGCUGCUCUAGGUUCAUGUGCAUGGGAUUAAUGUCUCUGGUGCUGCCUUGUUUGAUCUGCUAUCCUCCAGCUAAGUGCUGUGUUAAAGUGUGCCAAGGCUGCUAUGAUCGGGUAAAUCGGCCCGGCUGCCGUUGCAAGAACUCCAACACUGUCUACUGCAAACUGGAGAGCUGCCCCACCAGAUUACAGAGCAAGCCUUCUUGAUUAUGGUUACAGGAAGAGACUUGGCUAACCAACACACACCCUCUUUUUUUUUUUUUUGCAACAAAUAUGGAGUAUGAUACCACUUUGUUGUCUCUGAGCCCUUCUUGUUUUACAAGCCAGUGUUUGCCUUACAUUGUUGUGUUGUCUACAGCUUCACUGAUAUGCAUUGUAAAGUUCUUAUUUGAGUUUGGGCAGGAGGGCAGUAGCAGUUGGUCAUAUGCUUAUGAUUUCAGAUAUGACCGACUUAUUGCUAAACCUGUGAAGAUAUGUCUAGGCAACUAUGUAGCUGUUACCAAUUUUCUACCAUAAGCUUCUGAACUUUUGCUUAGAAGUGUGAAAUGUUACGUGGCUAAUUUCUUCCCAGCAAUGUUUAACUUUUGUAUUUUUAUUUAUGUGUUCAGAGUUGGUUUUCCUUCCCAUUGUCUAAAACUUUCACCUUGUUAUCUUUUAAGAGCCACGGUUAUGGCAUUUGUGUUUUGUAAAUUUAUUGUAAAAAUGGCAAAGUUGAAUUCUGACUAUUUUUUAAGAAAAUGUCUGUUAAAACAUUUUUGUUUGUAAAGAAUAUUUAUUACGUGAAGCUCUAUUAUUUUAUGAUAUUUAUUACAAAAGACUGUUGUGAAAUUUUACUCAUGUCUGAAUAUAACAAAAUAUCAAUACUUACUGAAAAAUUAAAGGGUGGCACAAAAGAAUUCAUAUGUUAACUAUAAUGCAGAAAUAUAUUAAUUAAUGAAAACAAAAACUUGUCCUGUGUCCUUAAUUUAUUUGGAAGUACCUUAUAACAUGUAGUUCCUUUGAAGUGUUUCAAACCCAUUAUAUAAUGUUGGGGUUUAAGGAAUAAUCAAACGGCUCAGCUUUACUAAAAGAUAGGCUUACUUUAGUCCUUGUCUUUGUGCUUAAUUACUAUAGAAGAAGUGUCCUAAUUAAUAAAGGGAAGAGAAGUUCCUUUCAUUUAAAAUAAUCACAAAAUGUAAGGCCAGUAUAAAGUACUUUACAUUCCCGGCUGGGUUUAGUUAAUCUGAUCAGGCCCACACCUAUUAUGACAACAGUAAAGUGUAAGACGCAGAACAUCAAAGGAUUGUUUUUGGAUCAUCAGUCUAAUGGUAGGUUUACCUAAUGUGAAUAGUCUGAAGCAUCAGCAUAUAAUACAGUCGAUAUUAAAUGUCUUCCAUGGAGACUUGUUGGCAUUUCAGAUUGCAUCAUGAUUACUGUAUUAGCCUUUUUUCCCCUGACGUUCGUUGUACUUCUUAAACUUCCGUUAAGAGUAAAACUGUUCAGUUUAUAAUAUUUAUUGGAAAGAGCUCCCCUACAUUGAAUUUAACUCUAUAUUUGCCAAAUGUAGGGCCUCUGGCCUUUCAUGAUAGAUUUUCUGCUUUGUUGCAAAUACUGUAGUAAUGUAAUAAGACCUCAACCACUAUAUGUCUCCUGCAAAACUGCACUUUUAAAUUAGUGAUUACUGUACUCUUCAUAUAUACAGUAUAAUCUCCAUUGUACACUAAUUCAACAGACUGCUCAUCAACUUUUAGCUUUUUCAUCAUGCAUUUCUGUAGUUUAUUUUCUGAUAAACACUGUCACAUAAUUUGAACAACUAAAUAAUAACCUCAGACGAGCUUUGGCUUUUCCAUAUUUAAAUUUUAUUUCCACUGUGUACC